CAAGUGGGGCCCGGUGCGCAGCCUGGCCAGGGCGCUUAUCUCUGAAGGAGAAAGGGAUGGCUCCGUGCAGUGAUGGCACCACAGCUCCAGGGCCAGGGCUGGAACAUGAAAGCCCCUGUCCUCAGCAGCGCCAGGGCUAAAGUGGAUCUAUUUCAAGUGGUGCAUUUCAGGAAGGUCUUUCGCAGAGACAUGACGGAGUGGACGCUGCUCAAGCGGCUGCUGGACGCCGUCCACCAGCACUCCACCAUGAUCGGCCGCAUCUGGCUCACCGUCAUGGUCAUCUUCCGCCUGCUCAUCGUGGCCGUGGCCACCGAGGACGUGUACGCCGACGAGCAGGAGAUGUUCGUGUGCAACACGCUGCAGCCGGGCUGCGUGAACGUGUGCUACGACGCGUUCGCCCCCAUCUCGCAGCCACGCUUCUGGGUCUUCCAGAUCAUCAUCGUCUCCACGCCCUCUCUCUGCUUCAUCAUCUACACCUGGCACAACCUGUCCAAGCUGCCCGCGGAGGCCGACGCGGGCAAGGAGAGCCACGACGCGUACGCCCGCAGCUGCGACUCGGACAGCUGCUCCAUCAAGUCACACCGGCACCUGGGCCACAGCCUGGCAGACGUGCUGGAGGGCAUCGCUGCUCAGUGCAACCAGAAGAGCUCUGGGGUCCUCUCCAAGUACUACAUCUUCCAUGUGUGCUUCCGUGCCGCACUGGAGAUAGGUUUCGUCUUUGCCCAGUGGCUGCUGUUUGGCUUCCAGGUCCCGGCACACUUUCUCUGCACAGCUUUCCCCUGCUCCCAAAGUGUGGACUGCUACGUGUCCAGGCCCACCGAGAAGACCAUCUUCCUCAUCUUCAUGUUCAGUGUGGGUAUCUUCUGCAUCUUCCUCAACUUCCUGGAGCUCAACCACCUGGGCUGGAAGAAGAUCACAAUGUCGGUGAGACUGAAGGACAGCUCCUGGAAGGGCUACGAGGCCAUCAACCAGGACAGCCACUCCGUCACCUCGCUCACCUUCAGGGACGUGACCAGCACCACCUCCCUGCCCACUCUUGAUCUGGUGGUGGGCCACAGGCCGGACUGGACCUGUGCUGGGAACUGCACACCGCUGAAGGAGGAGCAGGAGGACAGCCUGCAGAACCCCACAGGGAAUCCGAGAGCAGCACAGUCCCUGAAGAGCAAGACUCACAAAGGACGGAUUUCAAAGCAGAGGAGCACUGAAGUCUGGAUUUAAGUUAUGCACAAUGGAUGAACCCCAAGACUGAAAUGGUUUCAAGUGAAUACGUUUUUUUUUUUUGUAGCAC